GACGUAUAAUUUCUGCGCCCGUCGCACAAAAACAAGCAAAAGUAGAAGCUUCGGUGUUCUUGCUUUGUUUUGCAUUUAAAUCAAGUUUUAUGUUUGUAAACGUUUUUUAAUUGAUCCAACAGUAUCAAUAGUGGAGUUUUGUACAGUUUGUUGAAAGUUUUGAUUAUAAAGUAUUCAGCUGUGUUACCGAACCGAGCUGUGUUUUUGGACCUGAACACCUUGAAUUAUGAUGGAAGAUUUCUCGGGAUUGGCUCUUCCUCCUCUUUUUGGUGGCCACAUCUUGGAGGCAGAGCUGGAGCCUGGUGGUGUGGAGCUGGGACCAGGAGAGGUGGAGUUGGACCCGGGGGGUAAUGAGCUGCUUGAGAGCACAACACAAGAAGAUGAAGAGAGAAGAGCUCUCAACAAGAGAAAAUAUUUGUCUCUGAGCAGGAGAUGUAAAGAUAUCGAACAGGUGAACCAGAAAAUCCUGGGUCGCCUUCACCAAGUACAAAGAAUCACACGACGCUUGAAGAAAGAGAGACGGUUUCUCAUGAAAACUUUAGAUGCUCACGGAGAUGAUUAUAGAAACGCUCAGCUCACUAUGCUGCUGGAGGAUGACCCUGGAGCCCAUUUAGAUUCCUCUGCUGGGGUUGAGGAUGAUAGACCAAACAGUGUGUCUGGUUCCUCUGCGGCUCUGCAUCCUCCAGCUGGACCGAAGAAGAAGAGGCACCGAAUUCCUCGGCAAGACAAGGACCAACAGGUUGAACCAGAUGUUUCUGUUCUGCCAGAGACGCAGUUUGGAGAAAUGCCGAGUCCAACAUCUCUGUCGCACUGAUCACACACCCUGGAUAUAAUGAACAUGAUGAUUUACAUUAUUUCUUGUUUCACACAAAGACAACUAACAAAUCAAGUCUGUGCAACAAUAUGUAUAUGUUUUUGUAUAAAUUAUUUUGUAUAAUCAUAUUUUGUAAUAAAAUGCAGAAUUAUGUGUAGUUUUGUGGACAGCCCAGUUUGGUUACAAUAUUAUAGUUGUAAUAUGGGAGAAACCUAAAUUGAAAAACAAAUCAUGAUCAAAGGGAAAAACAUUUCUGUAUAACACAUUUGUUUAUCAGUAUUUUAAUGUUUUUGUUAAAUUGUUUCUAUUUUGUUUGUUUGUAUACAAUAGUUUGGUAUCAAUAUUUCACUUUCAGGCAAAAUAAAACAAAAAUUUAAAAAGCC